CGCGAGCGCGCGGGGGCUCUUGCCGUGAAGGUGAAGGGGCAGGGGCGGGGCCGGGUGAAGCCCCUCCCACUCCUGUAGCUUCGCCCCCUCAGCUGACUCCGGGAGCGUACUGGACUAGACUGAAGCUGGCACGGAGUAGAGCCGGAGCGGGCCGCCUGUGAUCACUUCCCCUGAACCCGAGCCGAGCAGCAACAGGUUUGCAGUUGUGGUGCUGCCUCCCUUCCCCCGAAUGGACGGCGCCGCCUGUGGAUAAGGAGUUAGGGACUGAGAUCGAGAGGAGAAGAGUCCGCAGCCAUGGUGGAAGUUACUGUGGAAUAUGAUUAUGAAGCUGUUCAAGAGGAUGAACUCACACUAAAGGUUGGCGAUCUCAUUAGGAAUGUAAGAAAACUUGAAGAAGAAGGGUGGUGUGAAGGAGAGUUAAAUGGAAAGAGGGGGUUAUUCCCUGAUAAUUUUGUCAAAGAAAUAAAAAAAGAUGGAGAAACAAAAGAAGAAAGCUCAGUGAUGAAACGAGAAAAAUCUGGAAAUGUUGCCAACCUGGUACAGCGCAUGAGUCAUUUUGGAUUCCCAGUUGUUGGGUUUCCACCUCAACCCAAGUCUCUUCGAAAAAGAAGAUCAAAGAAGAGGCUUUGUGAAGCCCAAUUUGAUUACAUCCCUCAAAAUGAGGAUGAAUUGGAAAUAAAAACUGGAGAUGUCAUUGAAAUAAUUGAAGAGGUUGAAGAAGGCUGGUGGAAGGGAGCCCUGAAUGAGAAAACAGGAUUGUUCCCAUCCAAUUUUGUUAAGGAGUUGAUUGAUCAGACUGAAGAUGGAGAAUCUAAUGAGGUGUUAAGUGAAGCAGAUGUACCUGUCAAGGAUUUAAUUGGAAUGGGACCUGCAUCACCAACAUCACCCAUAGAAUUUAUAGGAAAUGAAAGCCCAGUAGGAGCAGGAACAACUGCCCAGCCAAAAAAAAUCCGCGGUGUGGGUUUUGGAGACAUAUUUAAGGAAGGAUCUGUAAAACUAAAAUCAAGGUUAUCUACUUCUGAACUGGAGGAUAAAAAGUCAGAAAAGCAAUUAACUCCAACCAGUAAUGCAGAGGCUGUGAAAAAUGAACCAGAAAAUAAACAUAAAGUUAAGGAAUAUUGCAAAGCAGUCUUUGCAUAUGAAGCAACCAAUCCUGAUGAACUUAGCUUUAAGGAAGGAGAUCGUAUUCUACUGACAAGUAAGGAUACAGGCGAUAGGGGAUGGUGGAAAGGAGAAUUAAAUGGCAAGCAAGGGGUCUUCCCAGACAACUUUGUGGUCGUGAUUUCAGAAACUGAAAGAGAGGUUAUUGCUGCUCCCAAACCUUCUGCAAAAUUACCUCCAAAGCCAGAGAUCGAUGAUAAACCAAAAAAGCCACUGCCACCAACAAAAGUCCAAGCUUCAAAACUUGAACCUCCGCCUGUUGAGAAGAAACUUGAACUUAAAAAGGCCAAUCCAGACAAAACUGACUCUGUUUCUUCAAGGGCUGAAGAAAAAGAUGAUCAGAAGUCAACUAAGCCAACUGCCCCAAUGGUACCUCCCAAAAAACCCAGCCUCCCUUUAAAGGGUCACCCUCUCAGAUUAUCCAUGCCUCCCAGACGACCAGAGAAACCCUCAGUACCACUACCUUUACCCAAGACGAAUGGAGAGGUGCCUUACAAUCGACCAAAGUCAGACUUUGAUUCAGCUGUGCUUAGACCAAAAUCUGAGAUGCAGACGUCGCUUAAUCGACCAAAAUCGGUAGAAGUUGCACCUGACAAAGUUCCUGAAAUAGAUCUCAUGAGCUUUGACUCUGUAGAAUCUUCUGGUGAGAAACUCACUCACCCUACAGCUAGCAGGCCAAGGAUGCCAGGGAGAAGGCCGCCAAGCCUUUUUGUUGUUAGUCACCCGUCUUUGGGUGAGAGUCAUUUAGACAAAAGUUCUAAAAUGAUCAAAGAAGAAGAAGAAGAAGAAGAAGAAACUGCCAAACCAAAGCCUUCUGAUAUUGUUAAAAAGCCAUCGUUCAAGCAGAAUACUGGGAUAAUCAACGUUGCCGAGACAAAAGAUACAACUGAAAUCGAUAAUAGGAACAGAACUACAAUAGAAGAUCUUAAGGCACAAUUGGCUGACCUGAUGACUUUUGUUGAGAGACUGAAGAUUCAGCACAAGAAAGAAUUAACUGAACUAAGGAAUGACUUUGAAGAAGAGAAGAAACAACGUACUGCCUUGCAGGCUGGUUGUCCUUAGUUAACCCAUGUCUUUUCAGCUGGAGAUAGACAAACUGAAGAAAGCUGUCCAGUCUACGUGAGCUACAUUCCAUUCUAUAUUUGGGACAACUUACUACGACUCAGUUUCUGAAAAUAUCCAGGAAAACCAGUACUUUGAAAUAUUUUUCCCCUUUUAUUAUAAUCAUUGUCCUGUAUGAAAAUGUCUGAUAUUAUGAUAUAUCUUUAUAUAGCUGGGUAUAAUUAUAUGAUGUAAAUUUUUCGCCAAUAUGAAUUAGAGGCCUUAUCUGCUAUUGUGCUGGAUUCGCAGACUAUGCAUUCAUGGUGAAUGUUCAAGUUUGCUUACUGUACUACUGAAUCUGUAUAAAGGGGUCAGAGAUGUUUAAUUUUUAGUUAAGAUGUAGUUUAAUUUUUUUAAUGAAUCUAUGAUGUAGUUUUGCAAAACUGUAUAAGAUUGACAUAUAGAUAUUUUCUGCGACAUGGGAAAGAGCUUAAUAGAUUUUAGGUUUUUUUUUCUCUACAGGAAAGGGAGUUUGAUCUUGCUGUAUACAAUUUAUGUUAGCUUUUCUAUUCAGGGUAAACACUAUUGUGCCUGAUUGAAGCCUGCAGAUACAAGUAUUAAAUGAAUAUAUAAAGUCGGUGUUUUAAGGGGCAAAGGAAUGUGAACUACAGACCAAUUCCCUAUGCAAAGUAAAACUAUGUAUUUUCAUAUCUAAGGUUAUAUAUAAUUUAAAUGGUUAUUUACACAUUACCUGCAAUAAAGGGAGCUUAUGGCCCUUACAAAAGGGUUUGAGGAAAUGGGCAAACAUCAGUUGUAUCUUUAAUAUGUUUACUUUGAAUUAUGAUUCAAGACUGGAUUCUUUUUUCUGCUUACCUGUGGUUCUCUCUUUCUGAUCAGUUGAUAUUGCAGAUGCAGUAAGAAACCUGCAUUUCUGAAGGGGGCAAAAUAACUCCAAUUUUAAUUGCAUUUACAUGGAACCAUUUGCUUCUAGAGGGAAUUAAAAAUAAGUGGUAUUGUGGACUGAUUUUCAACAGUCCUUUGCUGCAAUAAAGCUCAUUACAAAUGAUCAUGAAUGACAAGCAUUUAUAUUAAAAAUCAAUAUCCUGAUUUUAUUUUAUCUAUUACACACCAAUACAAAAUGCAUUGCUCUGUAAAUGUAUUAGCUGUUCAUAGCAUUCCAUUGCCUGUAAACCCUUUCAAUUUAUAGUUUGUCCACUUUUAUUUUCAUGUUUUGCCUGAGAAAAAAUGGUUGUAAUACAUUUUCAUAAUCCAUAGCUCUAUAGCCUUUAUAAUCAAGGUUUCUUCACAAUUUCUUUGAAAGUGUUAUGCAAUAAUGCAUACUUUUAAGGUUUUGACGUCCAUUUUUUAAAGCUGAUUUGACGAAAACAAAUCCCUCUCUUUGUAGUUGCUUCCUUACAAAUGGACCUGGAAUAAUCCUGAAGAAUUACUUCGGAUUUUGUAAAUGCAAAAGCAUGGAUUACUUUAGAUGUUAAAUUAUUAAAACCUUAUCAGGAACUACCACAAAACAAAUCAUCAUCCAAAUGGUUUCAUUAAAUUUGUAAGUCUUCCCAAUUAAUAUAAUUUAUUGAUCAGUCAUGGUGAUUUUUCAUAAUUUGAAACAUUAAACAAUUCAAUUGUGAAAUAUUUUCACAAUUUCUCUCAUCAGUAUGACUGUCCUCUCAAACUCUCUCCAACAAUUGCCAUUCCUUCCUGAUGUAUCAAUUAUGCUCCAAGUAAUGUGAGGUGGGAACAAGGUCAAUGACUAAUGCUCCAAACUCCUUUUUCUUACAGGAAUGGUGCAUCACUGUCCCUUCUUAUAAAUAAUGUCUCCAAUAUUUGUUAUAAAAUGCAAUAGCAUUCUUUCAAUUAGUAUAUAAAUAAGCAAUAAAAAGCAAAAUGUAAUACUUUAAAAAAAAAUGAAGUCCCCUUCAUUAACAUCCCAGGUCUGAUUAUUGUUACAAUCUCAGUAAAUUCUUCAAAAAAAUCUAAGUCCCAGUAAUUUACUAAAAGAAUGAAGCCACAAGGUUCCAGUUUAAACAAAUGUUUUUUACUAUACAAGAGUCAGUUUCCUUUCUCAGUUUCCUCCCUCAGUUUUGGUCUGUCCCAAAACAAUAUAAGAUUUGAAACCACAUAUUCCAUCACACUUUCUGCCAAAAUUUUGAAAAAAUAAAGCUUUACCAUCAUGAAAGGGCUCUUUACGACCGUUUUGAAAUACAAGUUCUUAUCAUAAACAUUUUAACAAAUAACUUUAUUACACACUGUACAGACAACAUUUCAUAUUUCACAAUUACAUAUAUUUACAAAAUUAUAAGGGCUUAACCAAAGCAAAAGCAAGUAAAAUGUAACAAUUGGGAUCAGCAAGAUUCAAACAUCAUGAAAUUAUCAUAACUGAGAGUCUGCCUUCCCUCCUACACCCUUUCUUUAAACUCUGGACAGAGCAUGAGCAAUUACAUCGUUCUUCCUGGCAACGUGCUCAAUUUUUAGAUUGAAGGGCUACAGCAUCAAACUCCAGCAAAAUAGCUGAAGAUUAUUUGUGCUUUUCCAAAAGUACCAUUGUAAUUUAAUGUUUUCCAUGAGCAAAUGCCCAAACUACCUCAAAUAACCAUGGAAGGGUAAGGUAUCCCAAAAAUUUGAGCUUAGGUGAAGCUAGCCAUUUCACACUGCUGCUAUGUAGUAGCAAUGUGACUGGUGUUUUCCACUAAUAGGAUGCCACAGCCACGCCUAAAAGAUGUUCUGCCCACCACACAGAGUAAUUUGGUAUGUGCCAGUGCAGUGCCAGGUACAUAGGCUGUAAAUGCCAAUGACUGGCAGAUUGUAAUAAACAGCACAUCUCUUCGACUGUUGGCAGCAGACAGUAUACUGACCAUACUCGACCAACCCAUGCUUGCAAAACUCACAGCAUAAAGUCCAACAUUAAGAUGUGAUUUUGUGAUUGGACAGUACUUGCUGAACAAUACCAAGUAUGUGAUGAAAUACACUAACAGCCAAUUUAAGAUUUUCAGUCAUGCUCUCAAGGUGGCUUGCUUGCACUUGCUGGAAGCUACCUAUAUUCAUAUGCAGGGACCUGCCUUCUGCAGGCAAAAGGAAUAUGUCCAGGCAGUGCACCUUUUUGGAAUUUAAAAGUAAGGUUGGGGGACAAUGGUUCCCUAAUGCAUUUUACAUGGCAACAUCUCAGCCAACCAAUCAGCACACGCUUCUCAUGCAGUUUAAAUUGUUGCUUCCUUUGAAAUUUAGCAUACUUGCGUCCGUCUUGAUUGCAAAAUGAAAAAUUUCGACUGCAUGUCUUUUUUUCAGCAAUACUCAAGUUCUAUACUACCAAUAUUUGAAUAAAAAAAAAUCUCUUUCAUUGUGGCAUUAAAAAAGUGAUGAAAUUGCAGGAUCCAUAAAUGGUUUAUUUUCUGUGCAAAAUAAAUUCAUGAAUUUCUCGAUGAUUCACUGAUUUACCCAUGCAUAUGACACAUUAUAGCAAUUUGUAUGAGUGUUUUCAGUCAUGUGCCUAACAGAAUGCCGGCAAAAAUAAAAUGUUCUUGUUUCUAA